UUAGAUUAUGGGACAUCACGAGAAAAUUCAUAAACGCCAUUAUCGGCAGUCAAUAGCAACUAUAGAGAUAGUUCGUAUGACAAAAUUUCUUGAAGCAGCAUUAGAUGAAAAUGAGCAACAGCAAUCUAAUAAUAGUGAUUCAGAAGAGGAAGAGAUGCAAGAAACAAACAAAGAUACUUCGAGUGCAGAAUCGGAAAACGAUGCCGAAACAUGUAUGAUAAGUUCACCAUCUCCAUUUGGUAUAACAAAACGAAGACGUUGGACGGAAGAAGAACGUAAUACAAUAUUGAAAGAAUUUCAAAAAGAAAUUACCACUUCACAGCUGCCAUCUAACAAAAAAUUUCCUGUAUAAAAGAAAAAAAUAAGUGCUUAUUUAAUCGAUCCGUUGCUCAAAUUAAAACGUGGAUCCAUAACUAUAUAUCUGGCAAAUUUAAGCGUCACUAAAUGAAUAAA